CUUUUAGCUUCCCCCAGCCUGCAAGGCCACUCAGCCAUGUGCUAGCUAGAGUAAUCUUUAUUCACAAUGUCUUUACAAAGGCUCAUGCAACAGAGCGGCAAUGGCAAUUUCGUGGAGUACUGCGCUGGUCCAGCGUAUAGCUCUUACCCCACACUCACAGGCAGCUUUCCCAUGGAUGAUAAUAGAAGGCUUCAAAUGCUGGCAGAUACUGUGGCUACUUUGCCUCGGGGAAGAAAGCAGCUUGCUCUGACGAGAUCAAGUUCUUUAGGUGACUUUUUCUGGUCUCAAAGAAAGCUUGUUACUGUGGAAAAACAAGAUAAAGGAAAAUUUGGGUUUGAAAUUCAGACUUACAGGCUCCAAAACCAGAACACCUGCUCCUCAGAGAUGUGCACCCUGAUCUGCAAAAUCCAGGAGGAUAGCCCAGCACACUGCGCUGGCCUGCAAGCCGGUGAUGUCCUUGCAAAUAUCAAUGGUGUGAGCACAGAAGGUUUUACCCACAAACAAGUUGUUGACCUGAUCAGAUCAUCAGGAAACCUGCUAAUGAUAGAGACUCUUAAUGGAACAAUGAUUCUCAAAAGAACAGAGCUUGAGGCAAAGCUGCAAGUUUUAAAGCAAACCUUGAAGAGAAAAUGGGUGGAGUUCAGAUCUCUGCAAUUACAGGAACAGCGCCUGCUUCAUGGUGAUGCAUCUAACUGCCCAAGUUUGGAAAAUAUGGACAUAGAUGAAUCAGCUUUGUUUGGACCCCUGCCGGGUUCAGCUCUCCUGGACCGGAGUCGCUUAUCCAGUGAGAGCAGCUGUAAGAGCUGCCUGAGCUCCAUGACGAUAGACAGUGAGGAUGGGUACCAGACAUGUGUGUCUGAAGACUCGAGCAGGGAAGCCUUCAGCCGGCAGACAAGCACAGAUGAUGAGUGUUUUGUCCUCAAGGAUGGGGAUGAUUUUCUGAAGAGGUGUUCUUCAAGGAGGAACCAGAGCAUUAGUUCUGCUAGUAGUGGGUCCAUGUCUCCCUUGUGGGAAGGCAACUUCUCAAGCAUGUUUGGGACUCUGCCCAGGAAAAGCAGAAGGGGAAGUGUCCGGAAACAGCUCUUAAAAUUCAUCCCUGGCCUUCAUCGCGCUGUGGAAGAGGAAGAGAGUCGCUUUUAAUGGGUUGUAGUGCCCUUUCGUAUUAGCUUAUUUCAUAAAUAUCUUCAGAUUCAUUUAGACCAACUCCACCCAGCUUAGUGGGAAAGUGCAGAUGGAUUGCAAAACUGACAUCCCAUUUCAUGGCAAGAGUGAACUUUAUUUAAAUUUUUGUAUCAUUAUGUUUGCUCCUUCAAUCAUUUUUUUAACCAGAACAACUCAAGUUCCAAGCAGGCAGUAGGAAAAUUAAGUAAUAAAUAAGAAAAUAUAACAAAUUAACACAAGUGCCUGCUCAUUUUAAUGCUGCCUGUGAAGGCAAGAGUAAAAUUUAUUUUCUAGAUUAUUCAUGUAAAACGUUGAGAACUUUUUGGAGUCAAGUGUGAAUAAGAAAGUGACAGAAUAUAAUUAUUUGGAAUACCUUCUAUAGGUUAAUUGGUAGGUUACAAAACUUUUUAUUUGCUUAAGCUCAUUAGCCUUUGGGGAGGCUUAUUAUUAAUAGGCAAUUAUGAAUGUUUCUGUUCAAAUCUAUGAAAGAUUAUAAACAAAGAUGAUCAUCAGCCCUUUUUUACAUCCACAAUGACAAUAAAUCAGGAAGUAUAAGAUUUAAUAUGGGGGUUUAAACUUUAUGAGAUCCAUGGAAAGAUGUUAUCUAAGAUGGGUGCUAAGGAAGACUAUAGUAAGUCCUUUUUUAUUGGUAGCCUAAACAAAAUGGAUGAGGAUGUCAUUCUUACCUAAUUCAACUUUUGUUCUGCCUAAACAUUGAUGACAAGUCUAGCUCUCUCAAGAUCCUACAGCCUUGUGAUUUUUUUGAGCAAAUGUCUAAAAUUUGAAAAAUUAAUCAGGAAAAGUAUUUUCCUCCUGUAGAUUUUUUUCCACAUUACUCCUCACUUUAUAUUAUAUAUUCCAAAUAGUUAUUGCCUCAGCACUCUUUUGUGUAUUAGUUAUGUUAGUAUCACAUCUAGCCUUUCAAUCAUAUUUUUAUUCAAUACCCAUUAAAGUCCAUGAUUUCUCUGUUCUGG